CCGCGUGUUACCCGGAUGCGGAUGUUGACGACUGCAUGAAAGAGCUCAGAAGAAACCAGCAUCCGGUUAUUAGCGGCUUGUCAAAGCGAAUGACAGCGUCCUGGUUUAAUUUAUUUCCGUGGAGCGAAACCACCGAAAGAAAGACGGAUUGUGCACUUCAGGAGACGUAUUUUGAUCAGAAUGGACUCUUUAAAUCACGGCUAAUUUCGGCUAGCUUUAAAAAAAAAAAAUCUGGCUGAAAACAACAGCUGGAUAAAAACAAGCAGGACCGAUCUGUCAUCCUCAGGGCAGCGUUAACUGGCGCGACAAAAGGAUGUUAGUGACAGUUUCUCAGCUGUAGAUUUGUAUUUUUACUCAUCAAGGUGUCCUUUUUUAAUUUAUACAUCUGUCUGCAUUGUUUUUAUGACGUUAAAAUGGAAGAAGGAUGUGUUUUUGGUGUUGUAUAUACACCACAAACAUACAAAAGUAGUUAAUAAAUCACUACAGUGUAUUUCCUUGAGAUUAGUUUUAUUCAGUGCUGGACUGUAAGUGAACAAAGCCUCAAAAAAGUAAGGUAAAGGUGUUCUUUUUUUUUUAUUUUUGCUGAUCUGCACCUGCUUUAAAGCAAACCACCAGGUGUAUCCAUGUUCAGUGUAGCUGUAGAUGUGAGUUGUGUAGUUGUGUCACGGUGUAGUUUGUGUAGUUUGUGAGGAAUAACCAUGCCGGUGGAUCAGGUGUGUUACAGUGGGUCUGGGUUUAGUCGCAGGUGACGCAGGCAGGCAGGUGUGCUCAAUCUCACAGGUAAGGGUUUCAGUUAAACAAGAUCAUGUUUACUUUCUUGAUCAUCUGAUUCAAAUUCGUUUUAAAUAUUCCAAAGUGUAAAAAAAAAAAAAAAAAAAAAAAGUGAAGGACGAAGCAGAAAUCGUGGAACGCUGACAGGUGAAGGUUUUGAGGAUUGAAGAGUCAGAUCCGUGGGAUUAUUAUAUUUAUUCACGUUUAUUUAUUUACGGUGCUAAACGUUUGUAAAAGCACUGAGUGAGCAGUCAUGAGUCCAAGCCUGCUGUCGUGACUCUAUAGUGUAUUAAAGUUAAUAAAGGGGUUUAGACGCUUCAUUGGGCGAUGAUGUCACCUGUUUUCGUGCUGCUGCUCCUGCUCGGGUUCUCCGUCCAACUCUCGCAAAGCAUGAGCAGAGAGGAGAAGCACAAGCUGAGAAAUCAGGUGGUGGAGAUGUUCGACCACGCUUAUCAGAAUUACAUGGACCAUGCCUACCCAGCAGAUGAGCUGAUGCCUUUGACAUGUCGAGGUCGUGUACGAGGUCAGGAGCCCAGCCGAGGGGACGUAGACGAUGCUCUAGGAAAGUUUUCUCUCACCCUCAUCGACACGCUGGACACUCUUGCGCUGUUGAAUAAGAGCAAGGAGUUUGAGGAAGCGGUGAAGCGGGUGGUGAAGGACGUACGACUGGACAAUGACAUCGUCGUGUCUGUGUUCGAGACCAACAUCCGAGUGCUGGGAGGGCUGCUGGGAGGUCACUCCAUGGCAGUGAUGUGGAAAGAGAGAGGACAGAACAUGCAGUGGUAUCAGGAUGAGCUCCUGCACAUGGCUAAAGAUCUGGGACUGAGACUCCUGCCUGCCUUCAACACCAGCAGCGGCCUGCCUUACCCCCGAAUCAACCUGCGUCACGGGGUUCAGGGUCCUGAGACUCGGACAGGCACUGAGACGGACACCUGCACUGCCUGCGCAGGCACCAUCAUCCUGGAGUUCGCCGCACUGAGCCGCUUCACUGGAGACCCCACAUUCGAGGCCCAUGCGCGGAGAGCUCUCGACUUCCUGUGGGAAAAGAGACAGAGAAACAGCAACCUAGUGGGAACGACCAUCAACAUCCACUCGGGGGAGUGGGUGCGCAGAGACAGCGGUGUAGGAGCUGGGAUUGACUCGUAUUACGAGUACCUGCUGAAGGCUUACGUUCUGCUGGGAGACGAUCAGUUACUUCAGCGCUUUAAUAUACACUACGCGUCUAUAAUGAAGUACAUCAGCCAGCCUCCUCUGCUGCUGGACGUACACAUCCACAAACCCCUGCUGCCCGCACGCACCUGGAUGGACUCGCUGCUCGCGUUCUUCCCCGGCCUGCAGGUGCUAAAAGGAGACAUCCGUCCGGCUAUAGAAACCCACGAAAUGCUGUAUCAGGUCACCAAGAAACACAACUUCCUACCUGAGGCCUUCACUACAGAUUUCAGGGUUCACUGGGCGCAGCAUCCGCUGAGACCCGAGUUUGCAGAGAGCACCUACUUUCUUUACAAGGCCACCAGGGACCCGUAUUAUCUGGAGGUGGGACGCACUGUUCUGGAAAACCUGAACCGCUUCGCUCGUGUCCCCUGUGGCUUCGCCGCCAUGAAGGACGUGAGGACAGGAAGCCAUGAGGACCGCAUGGACUCGUUUUUCCUGGCCGAGAUGUUUAAGUACCUGUUCCUGCUGUUUGCUGAAGAGGAGGAUUUACCCUUCGACGUGGAGGACUACGUCUUCACCACAGAGGCUCACCUGCUCCCAUUGUCGCUCUCCAUCGCUCCUCGCUCACACCCGCCCCCUGCAGGCAACUCCACAGUACUGCAUGCUGCGACACCGGUGGAGCUAGACGACUCUAACUUUGAAUGGACCUGUCCCAAUACCCGCCUCCUUUUCCCUGACCCCGCCUACCCACGGAACCUUCGGGAGCCAAUCAGGAGUGCGGUGGACAAGAGUUGUCCCCGCCCCACACCCCCUCGAGAGCCAGGAGUGGGUCGUGCUCCGCUGAGAGCUCAGGACUUCAUGGCUAAUAAUCCGGAGCACCUGGAGCUGCUGAAGAGGAUGGGGGUCACGCUGAUCCACCUGAAGGACGGCAGAGUUCAGCUCGUACAGCACGCCGCACAGGCGGUCAGCGCCGUAGCUGCUGAGGACGGCAUGCGCUUCAUGCAGGAGAUGAUGGAGCUCUCCAGCCAGCAGCAGAAAGAGCAGCUUCCCCCCCGCGCCGUACAGAUCAUCUCGCACCCCUUUUUCGGCAGAGUGGUACUGACCGCUGGACCUGCGCAGUUCGGAAUGGACCUUUCUAAGAGCAACUUAGGGGUGCGUGGUUUCGUGACGGUGGCUGAGCCUUACUCCGGCUGCGCUGAAUUGAGUAACGCUGAGAUCGUGGCCGGCCGUAUCGCUCUGCUGCAGAGGGGACAGUGCAUGUUCGCCGAGAAAGCCAGAAACAUUCAAAAGGCUGGAGCUAUCGGAGGAAUCGUCAUCGACGAUAACGAGGGCAGCAGCAGCGACACGGCACCGCUCUUCCAGAUGGCAGGAGACGGCCGGAGCACCGACGAUGUCACUCUGCCGCUCCUCUUCCUGUUCCAUAAGGAAGGGAACAUCCUGCUGGAGGCCCUGAAGGAGCACAGGGAGGUGGAGGUGCUGCUCAGCGAGAAAGCACGAGACAGGGAAGCCAUAUUUAAGGGAAAAGCCCUGCCGGGCGCCCUAUUGGAUGGUAGUGGAGAUGAAACGGAGGAAGGCGAGGAGGAGGGCUGCUGCGAGGAGGACCACGGUCAUCCCGCCCCCUCGUCAACACCUGACCAAUCACAAUCCACCACUCAGGGCCAAGAUAUAGCGGGUGAGGAGACAGGAAAGCAGGAGGAGGGGCGUAGCAACGACGUACCUCUGACCGUGGAGGAGGAGCCUGCAGAAGACGAGGAUCCUAACGACCAAUCGGUGGACUCUUUAAUGGCCGAUUGGCAGGAGGACUUGGAGGCGUUUAAACAGAUGGAGAACGAUGAACUUUGACCUUGGACUCCAGGAACGGGUCACAGAACAGAGCCAUAAUUAUUUAAAGAAAAAAAAAAAAAAGACACUUUGGGACACACCUGGUGUACAGGACAGAAGACGAAGGCGUCAUUCUCAGGUGCUUUUUCAGGAGCAGAAAUGCUCACCUGUGCAAACGUACAGUCUUUAACCUCCACCUGUAACCAAACUCAAGACCAAACUGUCUCGUCUCCUGUCUCGUCUCGUCUCGUCUUAUUGUACGUCUUCCUUCUUCCAAAUCCGUGUUUAUUAAUCCAUGGGGUUGAGUGAUGGACGUUAAUUUGAAGUGAUUUGCAGACUGAUGGUUAAUGAACGGGAGAGUUUACACAGCUGUUACGGUUAUACGUGGAAAAUCAGAAGAUCGUACGAACUCUUUGGACUGAUUCGACUGUAUGUAUAUAUGUAUUUGAUGUAUGUUGGGUUUUUGUGUCUGUCAUUUCUGGAACAUCAACUUGAGAAUCAACCUUUUAGUCCUGAGUUUUGCCUCUCGUCAAGCUUACCUGUAAAGGAACGGUUCAUCGCAAAAUUAAAUUUACACGGCGUACUUGUCUGCGAAUUCUGGUGACCAUAUAUAACAUUUGUUUCGAUAAAUUUGUACAAAUUGGCACUAGAUCCAUGAAUUAGCAUGUGUACUAAUAUCCGAGUUAUUCACUAAUAAUUUGCUGAUGUGAUUUAGAGCCUCUAUAAUCCAGAAAUAAGCAAAAUGUCACCGUGUAGCUGAAUGUCGGAAACUCGUAGUGAGAUUUUCUAUCAUUUUGACUUCUUGUUUAAAGGCGGUAGCAGAAAGCCUGAAGCCAAAUUUGUAAACGCUGAUUAUUCUUAUUAUUGUGAAAACCUUUAUCCGUGAAGAUUUAUUGUUUUUUAUGGGGAAAAAAUUCUAUUCACAUAGACUUCUAUUACUUGUGAGCUACAUCAGCCCUGCAAAACGAAAGAAGCAAACUAAUCAUAUCUCGGUUUAUCGAUCACAUUUAUGCUGAGGUGAAACAUGUUAAAUUUCGGUGAACCGUUCCUCAAACACUCCGUGUAACUCUGCAGCUUGUGUGUGUGUCUGUGUGUGUGUGUGUGUGUGUGUGUGCGUGUGUGUGUGUGUGUGUUUUUGUCUAUGUGGGAGCCAGUCAGAGAAAAGAGCAACUCCAGCUGUCGAGUCAGCUGCUAACUUGGGAAGAAGUAUCUAAGGACCAGGGCCUGUGUUUGUCUUGAGCAUUAAUCAGCCCUCAGGUGUGUGUUUCCUGGAGAGUAAAAGGCACAAACUGAAAAGAUAUGCAACCUUUCUUUCGUUGCCAAACGUGGGCCCAAACACACCUUCAUCCUCCAGGGGGCGCCAUUUUCACACCCCUCACCGACUGAAUAGAAGAGACUGAACAGAAGAGCCAGGAGCAAAGUACAGGACAUCAUAAACUGGAUUUUUUAAAAAAAUGACGGUUUCACACUUUUUAAAUGAGACGAUAUGAAGAAAUUUGUAUGAAAAGGUGGAAAUCCGUGCACUGUGUGCAAUAAAUGGUACAGGCAUGUUUGAUUUUAAUGGA